GACACGCCCUAACCACCACAGCUGCCAGCACUCUGGAGAAGAGGAGGUUCGGGUGAAAGUGGAGCUGAGGGGAAGAGAGGAAACCGUGAGGGCAGGCUAUGCGGGUCCGGACUCUUAUUAACAGGCUGUCAGCGCAAACCGAAGGGCGCCGAGAUGUCAGCGAGGGGACGAGGAUGUAGCACACCUGAGGAGAGCGGCGUGUGGCGCGUUUGAGAGACUGAACUAAUUCUGGAUUCAAUGCGUGUGCAAUUCCUCACCAGUGAUGAGUUGGCUCCUGUUGUGGAUUCUAACAGCAGCCGGGAUUCAACAGGCCUACUCCCUGAAUUCCACCACCAUGCCGCCUGCCACAGCUGUCACAUCCCCAUUUGUAGACCUGUACAACCGCACACAGUACUGCAAGUGGCCCUGCGAGUGUCCAAAGACCCCCCCUAAGUGCCCGCCAGGUGUAAGCCUCCUCAUGGAUGGCUGCGACUGCUGCAAGACCUGCGCCCAGCAGGUGGGCGAGGUGUGCAACGAGGCAGACAUGUGUGACUACCACAAGGGACUGUACUGCGACUACAGCUCAGACAAGCCUAGGUACGAAAAAGGAGUGUGUGCAUACAUGGUGGGAAUCGGCUGCGAGCACAAUGGUGUGAUCUACCGUAACGGGGAGAGUUUCCAGCCCAACUGUAAAUACCAGUGCGUGUGUGUUAACGGUGCUAUUGGCUGUGUGGGGCUGUGCACAGAGUCUCAGCCUCCCCGUGUUUGGUGCCAGACCCCACGACGAAUCAAAGUCCGGGGACAGUGCUGCGAGCAGUGGAUCUGUGACGAACCCAGGAGAGGGCGCAAGACAGCGCUGCGACAUGCAGUCGAGGUUUUCCCAGCCGAGACCACGAGCUGGCACAAAAACUGUAUUACCCAGACUACCUCAUGGAGCCCGUGCUCAAAGACCUGCGGCCGUGGCCUGUCCAUGAGGAUCUCCAAUGCCAAUGAGCGAUGCGAGCUGUUUAAAGAGUCUCGUCUCUGUAACCUGCGGCCGUGCGAGGUCGACAUCACCAAACACAUCAAGCCAGGGAAGAAAUGUCUUAAUAUCUACAGGGAAGAUCAGCCAACAAACCUCACCAUCUCUGGCUGCACCAGCAAGAAAGCGUACCGGCCCAAAUACUGCGGCGUCUGCACCGACGAGCGCUGCUGCAUCCCCUACAAAUCCAAAACCAUUGACGUGGAGUUUGAGUGUCCCAACGGGGCGGGAUUCACCUGGAAGAUGUUGUGGGUUCAGGCCUGCUUCUGCAACCUCAGCUGCAAAAGCCCCAAUGACAUCUUUGCUGACCUGGAGAAUUAUUACGGUUAUCCAGAGGUUAUGAACUAAGAAGCAACCUGUUGGUUUGUCCCAUCUGCAAAGAGCUUUAGAACUUUUUCCUGACUUUCAUUUCCUAUGCAGUUUUUUUCUUUCCUUUUUUAGUCCAAUCAUGUACAAGGGAUUUUGUUCUGUUUUCUUUUUCCUAUUGGAAAAAUCUGUAAAUAUCACAUAUGUGUCUCCAGAAGGGAUUCAUAAAGCAUGGUGUGCUUUUGAAGACUAUUUAAAGAACUGUUUGCAAAUGAAAAUAUUCAACAAAGCAUGUGAAAUACUGAAGGUUUAAUUUAUUUAUGAGGCUUUUGGCAUAUGUACUGGCAUGCUAUGUUUUUUGGACGACGUCUCACAAGGACAUUGCUUGCCUGCCUUUAAACUCCCAAAUCAACGGAGAUUGUAGGUUUUCUUCAUCUAUUUCAUUAAAUUCUCCCUAUAAGUGUUAAGAGAUGAACAAAGAUCCCCAAGACUCAUUGGAUUCAUAUGAAAUAAGGAUAAUCAGGGAAGUUCUGUUACACAUUUUUUUGUCAUUUUUUAAUAAAUACAAACGGUUAUGUCAUUUUAAUGCUUUUCUACAGCAUUAGAAGGUUGUGUAUUUACAAAGCUGUAUGUACGUGUUCUACAGAGCCAAAUGUUUUUGUAGUGCAAGUAAAAUACAGAAGAAGGAGUAGAAAGUAUCAGGUAAGUUCUAUGGCUAUCCUCGUGUUUACAUGUGGACCUCUCUUAUAUCACUCACUCAAGAAUCCACACACAUAGGAGCAGCACAAUCUAACAAAGGUGAACAAUUUCAUGGCACAUUGAUUGCAUAGAAAUCAUCAUAAAAAUCAUUAAGAGAGAACCGUUUUUGAUCCAUUAAUAAACCAUGUGAUCCUGAAGCUUUAGCUUUUUUUUCAGUGUUUUGAUUGACGACAAAGCAUACAGUCUCAGUGGAAUGCACUUAAAAUGAUCAUUUUUAGAUUAAUUUUAAAUUCACCUGCAAACUGCUAUUUCAACAAUCUUUUGGGGAAAAGAAAAUUCACAGGGGGGGGAAAUAAAUGACAUUUGCAAGGUCAAACAAUUUGCUGUGCAUGAUAUACUUUAAGUCUGCCCUUUCAAUUUUCAAAGAUAUAUAUGUGUAGUGCCUCCCCAUUCACUCUCCACAUCUACAAGUCUGCUCCUACAUACGAAUGAUAACUCAUACAUGAAAAA